AUGGGCUCCCGCGAGUUUGACAUCAUCGUCUUUGGCGCGAGCGGCUUUACCGGGCAGUACGUGGUGCUCGACCUCGCCAAGCGAGUGCUGAGCAUGCCCAACCUGCGCUGGGCCCUCGCUGGCCGGUCCUCGGCCAAGCUCCACGAGGUCUACGCCAAGAUCGUUGCAGCGCUGCCCGCGUACAGCAGCCAGCCGGCGAUCCCGAUCGUCCUCGCCGACGUCCAUAACGCCCCGUCGCUCGACGCCAUGAGCCAGCGUGCACGGGUGCUGCUCAACUGCACGGGGCCGUACGAGUACUUUGGUGAGCCCGUAGUCGCGAGCUGCGUGCAACACGGGACCCACUACCUCGACAUUACGGGCGAGGCGCACUUCAUCCUUGAGAUGAUGGCCAAGUACCAUGACGCGGCGAGAGCCAAGGGCGCACUCGUCGUCAGCGCCAUGGGCUUUGACAGCGUGCCCACCGAGGUCUGCGCGGCCUUUGCGUCGGCGCAGUUCCCGCCCCUCGGCCGCGUCGCAACGACCGAGGUACUCAUGGGGAUCGACUCGUCCCACGGCCACGCGACGACGUACGAGUGCGUCGUGCUCAUGGCCAACCCGAGCCAUCGCGCCAAGACAGCGCGCUACUACGACGCUGUCCGUCCGCCAGCGACCAAGACGUCGCAAGGGCUCCUCUCGCGCUACCUCUUUUCGUACGACGCGCGCAUUGGCAAGUUUGCCGCUCGCUUCAUGGGCGCGGACGCGUACCUUCUCGAGCUCAGCAACCCUGGCGUCGAGACCCAAGUGUAUUUCUACGUCCAGCACUUUGGCUAUGUGAUUCUGCUGGCGCUGUUUGGCCUUCUCCUCGGCCUCUUGGGGUGGUGCGAACCCGGUCGCCGGCUUCUCAUCAAAUACCCGAGCUUCUUCACGGCCGGCGCGUUCACGCAUGCGGGGCCGACCCAAGACGAGAUGGCGACGGCGUCGUUUACGCACUUUUGCAUUGCGCGCGGCUAUCAGGAUGUUGCCAAGGCGGGCGGUGCGCUGGACUGGCAAGUCAAGGUGCGCCUCGACGGGCCCGAGCCAGGGUAUGUCGCGACACCGAUCUGCCUUGUCGAGGCCGCGCUCGUUGUCGUGCAGGACGAAGUGAGUGCGAAGACGCUGCCGCGCGGGGUACUCACGCCCGGUGCGGCGUUCAAGCACUCGGACUUUAUCGCCAAGCUCCAACAGCGUGGUCUUCAGUUCUCGGUUCUGAGCGCGGGCCCCAUCUAGUUGACCACUAAGAUCUUAGUAUGUGCAACUACACGACGCGAGAUGUUGUCAAGAGAUGAUUGACAGUCCUCGGAUUUUCGACACGCGUACCAUAUAAGCCGUAGGGAACAAAGCUAGGGGACAUUAUAGCGCCUUGGACCUUAAUUAGAGCUUGACACGAUUAGCACUGCAA